AUGGACCUUACCAUAUUUGGGUACGAGAUCGGUGAAGUGAUUGCAGAAGGCACAUUUUCCAUUGUGAGAAAGGCUUUCUCCCACAAGCUUCAACGAUCUGUUGCCAUAAAAAUUAUCGAUAAAUCAAAACAGUCUGAUGACUUCUUAACUAAGUGUUUGCCAAGGGAGGUUUCCAUUUUUGCAGAAUGUUCCCACCCAAAUAUAAUCAAAGUAUAUCAAAUCAUUGAAUCAAAUGAACAUACAUUGUUUAUCAUGGAAGAAGCAAAAACAGAUCUCUUUGACUUAGUUGACUCUCAAGGUCAUUUAUCCGAAGAGGCCGCUAGGCCAUAUUUUAAGCAGAUUGCCCAGGCUUUGGAAUAUUGCCAUACACAUCACAUUGCACACCGUGAUAUUAAGUGUGAAAACAUUUUAAUUACUGUCGAUAAUAUCCCAAAACUCACUGACUUUGGAUUAGCAACUUGCAUAAAAGGCUCAGAAAGUUGCCCAUCUUCAACAUUUUGUGGAUCGGCAGCAUAUGCUGCUCCUGAGAUUCUCAAUGGUGAGAAGUAUGAUCCAUUUAAGGCAGAUAUCUGGAGCCUGGGGGUUCUCCUCUAUGUUAUGGUAACGGGCUGCAUGCCUUUUGAUGAUAGUGACCUUUCAAAGCUCAAGGAGCUACAGGUACAAUCUUUACAGUUUCCCCCAUUCCCGUCCCUGCGUGACUGCUGUCGAAAGCUGAUUGACACAAUGUUAGACAAAGACCCAGGAAUAAGAGCUGAUAUUAAUCUCAUAGUAGACCAUCAAUGGCUUAGAGAAUCAAAUUAA